AUGAGUGCCACCGACGAGAAGCGAGAGCUUCAUGACCUGAUUGACCAUUUCUUUCGUGACGGAUACCACGAGCGAGACCCGACAGGCAAGCAUGCAUUGACAAUCGAGAAGAUGCUGACUGCUCGUCCGGCCUUCGAGAAGCCCGAGAGCGACCUGGACGGCUCUAAAGGCCUUCGAUAUGAAUGUGCUGCAAAGAUCCAGCAAGAGAUCCGCAACCUGCCCUUCCCAGAGUUUCGACUGCAGGCGAUUCAUGUGUCUACUAUUCUCGUGGUACCCAAGGAAUGCCUCGAGAAAGGUGGCUUCCUUGCUCACGACCAACCUGCAAAGACUCUCUACCAGAAUCUGACAAGUGUCGCUGCCCUCGUCCGGCACUACCGCCUCAAGAUCAAGGAAGACCGUUACCUUGAUACCGCUGCGAUUGAUCGGAACCUCGCAGAAGAAAACGCAUGCCUCCAUCGCGAUGACAAUGAGUGUCUGUUCAUGGCUACCGGUGGACCACGCGUCGCCCGCAUCCUCCCAUUCUCAUUCAACAACAGCAACGCCAACAUAAAUGAGACGGCAAAGGUGACAGGCGCCUUCAAAGCUUUUUUCAAUGAUGAGACCUGCGACAAACUGGCUCACCUUUUGGCCAACCCUCACGACCUUGGCAGUUCGGAUAAACAAUGGAACAUGGUCAAUGUCAACGCCCAGCUCCUCGAAUAUUGGCUCAUGUAUGCCUUUUGUGGGUUGAAAUGCUUGGGUGUCAGGCCUAAAGCCACUAAGGAUAUGGAUGCUCAGGACCCGAAGGAGGACUCUACAAGGAAUUCCAAGGAGUGGGAGGUCGUCAUACAAUUCCAUUGGCUCCAUCGCCGAUGGGCGAAACCCAACGUCGAAAUGAGCAUCAUGACUGGCGAUGACAGCAUGAAGAACAUGGCGGAAACGCAAAUCAAACAUGAACAGGACGGACGCCCUCCUCCCACCCCUCAAGAAGGCGACGGGGUCAUCGGCGCCGUACGUGUUGACACCUGCAUGCCUCUUACUUCUGGCCACAUCUUCACGAUCACAAUGUCGGAGCAAGAUGCCCUCAACUGCAAGAUGGUCCUGGACCUCCAGUGGUAUUUGAUCUCAAUCACGGCCAUGAGCGGUGGGGCUAGCUAG